AUGUUAUAUGAUGGUAAGAUUGUAGCGAUAAAAAAAUCAAAGUUGGUUGAGGUGAAUCAAUUGGAACAAUUUUUAAAUGAAGUGGUGAUACUAUCACAGAUAAAUCAUAGGAAUGUGGUCAAAUUAUUGGGGUGUUGUUUGGAGACUGAGGUUCCUCUGCUUGUUUACGAAUUCAUGCCAAAUGGGACACUAUUUGAUCUAAUACAUGAUCAAAGUAGUGAAUUUCCAUGUACAUGGAACAUGCGCUUGAAAAUUGCAGUAGACAUAGCAGGGGCAGUAGCGUACUUACACUCUGCAUCUUUUGUGCCUAUCUAUCACAGAGAUAUCAAGUCUACUAAUAUCCUCCUAGAUGAAAAAUAUGUUGUCAAAGUGUCAGAUUUUGGAACAUCGAGGUGUAUUGCUUCAGAUAAAACUCACUUAACUACUCUGGUUAAAGGGACGUUUGGAUAUCUAGAUCCAGAAUAUUUCCGGUCAAGUCAAUUCACAGAGAAGAGUGAUGUUUAUAGUUUUGGGGUAGUUCUUGUCGAGCUUCUUACUGGACAACGACCAAUAUCUCUUGAUAAAACAGAAGAGGAAAGAAGCCUAGGGACACGGUUCCUUGUAUGCAUGGAAGAAGAAUGUGUGGAUACGAUUUUAGAUCCACAAGUUCAGGAGCAAGGAAGAAAGGAAGAGGUGACCCUAGUUGCGAAGCUUGCACAAAGAUGUUUAAACUUAAAAGGAAGAAUGAGACCAACUAUGAAAGAAGUUGCUACUGAAUUGGAAAGUUUCAGGAUAUCUGAAAUGUCGAGUGGUGUUAAUGUUGAAUCAGAAGAUGUGAGAUAUUUCGAUGAUAUGCCCAUGAUGAUUUCGGACACUGAGUACACAUGGACGAACAGUUAUAAAAAUGUUUUUGCAUCAUCAUCAUUAGACACGCGCCCAUUAGUCCGUUAG